UGGUGACAGCAGCGCGGUCACUGGAGCAGGGGCAGCAGGAGCGCUGCGGAGCAUCUCCCCCCCCCGCCGGCGCCGCCCUCCCGCCCGCAUCCUGCAUCCCUGGGCAGCAUCCUGCAUCCCUGGGUACCACUCAGCAUCUCUGGGCAGCAUCCUGCAUCCCUGAGCAGCAUCCUGCAGCCCCGGGCAGCAUCCUGCAUCCCUGGCUACCACUGAGCAUCUUUGGGUACCACUCAACAUCUCUGGGUACCACCCGGCAUCCCUGGGCAGCAUCCUGCAUCUCUGGGUACCACUGAGCAUCCCUGGGUACCACUCAGCAUCGCUGGGCAGCAUCCUGCAUCCCUGGGUACCACUCAGCAUCCCUGGGCAGCAUCCUGCAUCCCUGGGUACCACUUAACCUUUAGGUUGUAACCCGCAUCCCUGGGUACCACCAACGUCCCCGGGUGACACCCCACACCCUUGGGUACCAGCAGCACCCUUGGGCCCCCCAAAACUCUUCUCGGCGUCCCCCCCCCGCGCCCCCGCCCUGCCAUGGCCGAGCCCAGCACCGAGUGCAGCAUCAAGGUCCUGUGCCGGUUCCGGCCCCUCAACCAGGCGGAGAUUCUGCGGGGGGACAAAUUCCUGCCCGUCUUCCAGGGCGACGACAGCGUGGUGGUGGGGGGCAAGCCCUACGUCUUCGACCGCGUCUUCCCCCCCAACACCACCCAGGAGCAGGUCUACCAUGCCUGCGCCAUGCAGAUCGUCAAGGACGUGCUGGCCGGGUACAAUGGCACCAUCUUUGCCUACGGGCAGACGUCGUCGGGCAAGACCCACACCAUGGAGGGCAAACUGCACGACCCCCAGCAGAUGGGCAUCAUCCCGCGCAUCGCCCAGGACAUCUUCAACCACAUCUACUCCAUGGACGAGAACCUCGAGUUCCACAUCAAGGUUUCUUACUUUGAAAUUUAUCUGGACAAGAUCCGGGACCUGCUGGACAUGACCAAGACCAACCUGUCGGUGCACGAGGACAAGAACCGGGUUCCCUACGUCAAGGGCUGCACCGAGCGCUUCGUCUCCAGCCCUGAGGAGAUCCUGGAUGUGAUCGACGAAGGGAAAUCCAACCGGCACGUGGCUGUCACCAACAUGAAUGAACACAGCUCCCGCAGCCACAGCAUCUUCCUCAUCAACAUCAAGCAGGAGAACGUGGAGACGGAGCAGAAGCUCAGCGGGAAGCUCUACCUGGUCGACCUGGCCGGGAGCGAGAAGGUCAGCAAGACGGGGGCUGAGGGGGCCGUGCUGGACGAGGCCAAGAACAUCAACAAGUCGCUGUCGGCACUGGGCAAUGUCAUCUCGGCCCUGGCCGAGGGCACGAAGGCCUAUGUGCCCUACCGGGACAGCAAGAUGACGCGGAUCCUGCAGGACUCGCUGGGGGGGAACUGCCGCACCACCAUGUUCAUCUGCUGCUCCCCCUCCAGCUACAACGAUGCCGAGACCAAGUCCACCCUCAUGUUCGGGCAGAGGGCCAAGACCAUCAAGAACACGGCGUCGGUGAACCUGGAGCUGACGGCGGAGCAGUGGAAGAAGAAGUACGAGAAGGAGAAGGAGAAGAACAAGGCACUGAAGGAGACCAUCUCCAAGCUGGAGGCCGAGCUGAGCCGCUGGCGUAGCGGGGAGGCCGUGCCCGAAACGGAGCAGCUCAGCGGGGCCGAAGCGGAGGCCGGACCGGGCGAGGGGCCGGGGACGGGCCCCCCCGGCGACACCCCCCUCAACGACAACAGCUCCUCCAUCGUCAUCCACAUCUCGGAUGAGGAGCGUCGCAAAUACGAGGAGGAGAUCCGCAAGCUCUACAAGCAGCUGGAUGACAAGGACGACGAGAUCAACCAGCAAAGCCAAAUCAUGGAGAAGCUCAAGCAGCAGAUGCUGGACCAGGAGGAGGUGCUGGCGGCAGCGCGGGGCGGCGGGGAGGCGGCACCGGAGUUGGCGGCGCUUCGUGCCGAGCACGGGGCGGCGCGUGCCGAGGUGGCGGAGGUGCUGCGGGCGCUGGAGGAACUGGCCCGCAGCUACGACCGCAAGGCGCAGGAGGCCGAGGACACCGGCCGCCACAACCGCCGCCUGGCCGACGAGCUGGCCCGCACCGAGGUGACCCCCCGGGCACCCCCGGCUGGGACCCCCUGGCAGGCACCCAACCGGGAUUCCCAAUGGGACCCCAGUGGGAACGGCAAUGGGCACUGGGAGCCACGCUAGACCCCACUGGGAGCC